AUGACUUUAGGGCCAAUAGUAACAGGAACAUCAGUAAUUGCUUUGAAAUACCAAAAUGGAAUAAUGAUAGCUGCAGAUAGGAAAGCAAGUUACGGUAGCUAUGCAAAAUUUCAGAAUGUUGAAAGAAUAUUUAAAAUAAAUAAUAAAACAGUAAUGAGUUUUAGUGGAGAACUGGCAGAUGCUCAAUAUAUAUAUGAAUUAUUAACACGUGUUAAUGUGAAUAAUGUUACAGAAAGAAAAAGUAAAUAUGACGUACAUAAACCUAAAUAUUACCAUUCUUAUGUAAGUAGAAUAUUUUAUAAUAGAAAAAAUAGAAUUGAUCCAUUAUUUAAUACAAUUAUUAUAGCAGGAAUUAAUUCUCAAGAAUAUGAUGAUAAUGAUGAAAAUAUUUUAUUAUAUUCAGAAAAAAAAAAUGAUGAAGAAUAUAAAAUUAUAGAUAAAAAUGAUCUGUAUAUUGGUUUUGUUGAUAUGCAUGGUACUCAAUUUUGUGGAGAUUAUAUGACUACUGGAUAUGGUCGUUAUUUUGCUCUAACAUUAUUAAGAAAUAAUUAUAAAGAUAACAUGACUGAACAAGAAGCACGUAAUUUAUUAAAUGAAUGUUUAAGGAUUUUAUAUUUUAGAGAUGCUACUUCAUCAAAUAAAAUUCAAAUUGUUAAAAUUACUAGUAAGGGAAUUGAAUACGAUGAUCCUUAUAUUCUUCCAUGUGAAUUAAAUUCAAAAGAUUAUGUAUAUCCAUCUACUUUAUUGCCACCAACUGGCUGUAUGUGGUAA